AUGAGGCAUGUCCUAGAUGUUAUGCACAUUGAGAAGAAUGUUGGCGAUAGUAUCAUUGGUACAUUGCUGGAGAUCCCUGGAAAAAAUAAAGAUGGGAUUGCUGCUCAAUUAGAUUUAUUGAACAUGGGGGUCAAAACUGAUAUGCAACCUGAGUAUGGAGAAAGUCGUACUCGCUUGCCUACAAGGCCUUGGAAUUUGUCAAGAGCAGAGAAGAGAGCGGUUUGUAACUUUUUCUAUGGUAUGAAGGUCCCUAAAGUUCUAGCCAGAAUCCACGCUGUGCCAUGGAAAGAGAUCAAGCAAGUGAUGCUAGGCACUCAGCCCAUGGUAGUACCAACAGUAGACGUUCCAGGUCUAGUUGCCGAAGGUGAAACCAAAUACAGGAGGCUGUGCUCCGACAAAAGGCCACAACACAAAGGAGACAGGAUACUCUAA